AUGUCGGCCGCUGCGGAGAUCGCGCCGCUGGCGAGGAGCGCACGAGGGAAGGGAGGAUGGUACACGAGCGAAGCGCAGCACGAGAUUUCCGAAGCGUCUAGGGAGAUAAGAGUGGCCCAACAGCAGCUGCGCGGGGCCUCAAAGAACAGCGACUUAGAGACGACCCUGAAGGCGAAGCUCAAGGCGGCGCGGAAGAAACGCAGCAGCGCGAGGUGGAGAGCACUGGAAAAGUUCUUCGAGGGCUAUGUGAGGCAGCUCGAGAAGAAGAGCCG